GCUCAGCACUGUAAGAUGGCAUGCAAUAUCCUUAAACAUUGCAGGUUAUGUAAUAUAACAUCUAGAAUUGUGUAUACACUAGCAUCAAGAAACUUACACUCUGCUAGCAAUGGCUGUGAAAAGGCAGACAUCGUUAUAUCUGGAGGUGGGAUGGUUGGAACUGCAAUGGCAUGUGCAAUAGGACAUGCUGAUUACCUGCAGGACAAAAGAAUUAUACUUCUGGAGUCAGCUCCUGAAAAGAAAAAUUUCCAGCUGAGUGAACGCUUUAGUAACAGAACCUGUGCUCUUAGUCCAGCAACAGUCAGCUUAUUUCAGAGUACAGGAGUAUGGGAUGAAAUCUUACAGAUGAGAUGUCAAUCUGUCAAGAGGAUGCAGGUGUGGGAAUCCUGUUCCGAUUCCCUGAUCACCUUUAAUGAUGAGGAGUUGAUGAAUGACCUUGCCUACAUUGUGGAGAAUGAUGUGAUCUUGGAAGCUAUAAGGCGGCGACUGUCAACGCUCUCCGACCGAGUGGAGAUUCAAUAUCAAACAUCUGCCAAAUCAUACAUUAUACCAGGAGCUACACCUGGCCAUGACAGCGUGGAUCAAAACACCUGGGUUACCAUAGAAACAGACAAAGGACAAAGCAUUCAGUCAAAGCUACUGAUAGGAGCAGAUGGCAUGAACUCUGCAGUCAGAAAAGCUGGGAAAUUCCAUGUGUUUCAUCAUGACUACAAACAGCAGGCUUUGGUAGCCAUCUUAGAAGUCUCAGGGACAUCAGACAACAAUGUUGCAUGGCAGAGGUUUCUCCCGACAGGACCAAUAGCUAUGUUACCUUUAUCCAAUAACUACAGCUGUCUAAUUUGGACAACAACUCCAACAAAGGCAAAAUAUCUGAAAGACUUGGAAGACGACAGUUUUGUUGAUGCUGUUAAUGAUGCAUUUUGGCAUGAAAGAGAUAAGGAUUCAACAGUUAUGUCCAUUUCACACAAAUACCAAGAAUUUCUCAACAGUAUUUUUAUUGAUAAUCAGGUGAUACGCCAGUUACCUCCCACAGUGGUUGGUGUGGAUCCAGGAAGUCGUGCUUCAUUUCCUUUAUCUCUAACCCAUGCUUCAAACUAUGUAAAGCCACGUGUUGCCUUAAUUGGUGAUGCAGCACACAGACUCCAUCCACUGGCCGGCCAGGGUGUGAAUCUGGGAUUUGGUGAUGUCAGCUGUUUGUGUAGGAUGGUGGCAGAGGCAGUCCAAUCAGGAUCAGAUGUUGGCAGUCUAUAUUAUCUCACUAAGUAUGAAACUGAACGCCAGAGGGCAGUGUUACCUGUCGUCACGACGAUACAUGGUUUACAUUAUCUAUAUUCAACAGACUUUUCUCCUGUGGUGCUGAUACGUAGUUUAGGAUUACAGUCAACUAAUGCUCUACAGUUUGUUAAGAACAAAAUAAUUCAGCAGGCAUCUUCAUAAAAAUUACAGACCAACAGAUUCUUUACUUAGAAUUUAAUAACAAACCAAACUAUAAUAUAGCACUCCUCAAGUAAUAUCACAAUAACAUUGCUAAGCUUAAAAAUGUUCUUUGAUGCAAUAAUUAAUUGUUAAAUUUUAUAUUGAUGAAAGAUCCUCAUGUUAAGCUUGUGUAUUAGCGGUGUACUAAAGUAGCAAUACUGAUUUUUAUUAUUUGAUGCAUAUUAUUGAAUGACUGGGGCUACCAUAUUACAACAGUGAAUUGAGAAAAUAUGGCACUAAUAAGACAUUCUCCAACAAUGCACACUUUUGGCUGAAAUGACAUGUUGCUUGUACUGGUAUUAACAGCAGAGAUGAUCUUCUGCCUGGAAAAAAAGGCUGCCUUUAAAAUAUGUACAGUGUAGCUGAUGGUAUAUCAAAUGAAACCAUUUGGUAUCAGACUUUGAUUUUUGUCAGUUAUGUUAUAUUAAAUUUUGUCUUGUGAUCAAGAUGAAAAUAUUAGUUUCAAAGUUCUCACAUUACAGCUGAUGUAAGAUAUUAUGCAGAAAACAAACCAUGACUAGUGAAUCCAGUAUAGCACUGUCUUUAUAGAGGUGCAAUGAACUGAUUGGCAUUCAACAAUUCUAAAUAUCUGGAAAAAAAAAAUAAAUAAAAAAGACAGUUUUUGAA